GUAAUAAUGAUUAUGGGCAGAACUUUGUGCUGUCAGAAACUGAAUUUGUAUAAGUUAAAUUCAAAUUUGAAUUGUUCAGAUUGAAUCUGAAUUGUAACUUGAAUAAAUGCUUUUUAGAACUGAAUUUGAAUAAGCCUAAUUUGAAGUUCAAUGUAUUGGUUUGAAAAUUAUCGUCACUAAAUUGAAAUUGAAUUUUAUAUUUUGAAAAUGAAUUCAUUUGCUUUAAAACUUUAUUUUAUCCUUUAAAAAUGUAGCUCUUGAAUAAUUUCAGUUUCACUUCUCACCAUUCAGUUUCAGUUCCUAAGUUCAGUUUUUUGGGAUGUACAUCCAGUUCCGGUUCCAGAGUAAUCGAAUAGAACUACGUUUUAGCGAGGUGUACAGAAGGCAUUGAUUAGAUGCCUGAACCACCUCUGUUAUAAUUUGGCGUGGACAGAGACACCACACAUGAAGACACAGUGGUGGGAGUCACCGCACCGAGUGCUCCGAUUACACUAGACAUUCGGUUUUCUUGAUGCACAUACAUGCACACAGAUGUACAUAAAAAAAAAAAAUCAGGUCCAUGUGAAAGGGAAAUAUUUGUAUGUAUUUUUAAGCCCAGGACUGGUAAAUGUGUUGUUUGAGUGCUGCAGUUUGUUUUUGGUGCUCUAAAGUUCAGAGUUGUUCAGUAUUACUGCUCUGUUACUUUCAUGUAAGAAAAAACGAAAGAAAGAAAUCAAAAGGAGAAGUGUUUCAGAAGGAUAACCAAUGUGAAGUGUUUUUGUAAACCACAGGCUUUAGUUGAAUUUUCUGUUCUGAUAAAUGACAUGAUGCAGCAGCCUUUCUUCUCAGUCAUGGAGGGCAGAGAGAAGAGAGUGCUUCAUUUCUUGAUCCUCGUUGCUUAUCUCGUGGCCUCACCUUCACCUUCUGCAGGUCAGAUCAGAUUAGCUGGAUCUGGGUCCACUCGGUGCUCUGGAAGAGUUGAAAUCUAUAACUCUUUACGUCACUCCUGGGGAACAGUCUGUGAUGAUGGCUGGUGGGACUUAAAAGAUGCUGAGGUGGUCUGUAGAGAGUUGGGCUGUGGGAUAGCGCUGCAGACCCAGUGGUCUAAUCAUUUUGAUCAAGUUACAAUUACUGUAACCAUGGUCAGGAUGCUGGCGUCGUCUGUUCAGAAACCCUCCCAGAGCCCACCAUCUCCUUGUACAGUAAUGAGGUCACCUGGGGUCAGGCAUCAGCAUCACUUGCUCAGUCUCAGAUAAGUUCUCAGGUGGAACUUUAUCCUCCAGAAGACUUCAGGCUCAUU